UCUCUGUACUCUAUUGCUUUGCAGAACUAAACAGCAACACAAGAUGGCACAGAGCAAGCUGAACGAUUUGGCCGGAAAAUUUGGCAAAGGAGGCCCGCCCGGAUUGACCACCGGACUGAAGGUGUUGGCCGCUGUCGGUGCUGCAGCGUACGGAAUUAAAAACUCCAUGUACACCGUCGAAGGUGGACACCGGGCGAUCAUAUUCAACCGUAUCGGUGGUGUAGGCGAUGAUGUGUUCGCCGAAGGUUUACACUUCCGCGUGCCCUGGUUCCAGUAUCCCAUCAUUUACGACAUCCGUUCCCGGCCGCGCAAAAUUUCCUCCCCCACCGGUUCGAAGGAUCUGCAGAUGGUGAACAUUUCGCUCCGCGUCCUGUCCCGUCCCGAUGCCCGCAAACUGCCCGUCAUGUACCGGCAGCUGGGUCAGGAUUACGACGAAAAAGUGUUGCCCUCGAUCUGUAACGAGGUGCUGAAGAGUGUGGUGGCGAAAUUUAACGCUUCCCAGCUUAUUACCCAGCGUCAGCAGGUGUCGCUGCUGAUACGCCGUGAGCUGGUUGAGCGGGCGGCCGAUUUUAACAUCAUUCUUGACGAUGUGUCACUCACGGAGCUGAGCUUCGGACGAGAGUACACAGCGGCCGUUGAAAGCAAACAGGUUGCGCAGCAAGAGGCACAACAGGCGGCGUUCUUGGUGGAGCGUGCCAAGCAGGAACGGCAGCAAAAGAUUGUACAGGCGGAGGGUGAAGCCGAGGCGGCUAAAAUGUUGGGUAUUGCGGUUGCGGAAAAUCCUGGCUAUCUGAAGCUCCGAAAGAUUCGUGCUGCACAGAGUAUUGCUCGAACGAUCGCAAAUUCACAGAACCGUGUCUACCUCUCUGCCAACAGUCUGAUGCUCAACAUUCAGGACGAUACUUUCGACGACAUGUCGAAGAAAGUUUCAAGAAAAUAAGUAAGCACGCCAGGUGCAUUUAUAGAACCUAUUGCCUAAAAUACCGAAAAUACCAUAUAUCCCCGAGA